ACACCCCGCAUCAUUCUCUCUUCCUCAAAACCAACACUAAGUGAGUUCCCAAUUUUUGCAAACCUUUCCUAUUUAUACUCUUCUUCCCCCUUUUGCUCCAUUCAACUUUGCAAAGCCUCAAUUGUUAAAAUUUAUUCAAGAACAAAUUAGGUACUAAUUAGGGAAAAACAAAAACAACAUUUUUGAGUAGCCAAAAUGUCGUGGCAAGCCUAUGUAGAUGAUCACUUGAUGUGCGACCUUGAUGGCCAUCGCCUUGCCUCGGCGGCUAUUCUUGGUUUUGAUGGCAGCGUUUGGGCUCAAAGCCCCGCCUUCCCUAAGUUUAAACCAGAGGAAAUUAUUAAUAUCAUGAAAGAUUUUGAUGAACCUGGAUUUCUUGCUCCCACUGGGCUAUUCCUUAGCGGCGCAAAGUACAUGGUCAUCCAAGGAGAACCUGGCGCUGUCAUUCGUGGCAAAAAGGGGUCUGGUGGAAUAACAAUCAAGAAAACAGGUCAAUCGCUGAUUUUUGGUAUCUACGAAGAACCAGUGACUCCAGGACAGUGUAACAUGGUUGUUGAGAAAAUUGGAGACUACCUCAUUGACCAGGGUUAUUGAAAUUUCAUAAAUCCCAUAAUUAAUCUUUUUUGUAUUUUUGGUGA